CAGUUAGUUAGUAAUUAUAUUUAGUGUUACCAAUGGGUCCUCUUUUGAUUAUAUUCACGCUCAGUGUUGUGGCAGCUCUGCCCGACGGUAUUUUUAUCCGCCGUGAUCCAGGGCCCCGCUACCAGCACGUACAAGAUGGUCUAGGCAGACUACACCUGGUGGACCUCUGGGCGCCAGCUACUGACUUCAACGCCAGAUACAACCCAGACACACAGAAUGUAUAUCACCUAUUUACUAGACGCAACCCAUCAGUAAGCCAGCCCAUAGUUCCAGGCAACGAGCAGCUGCUGAAGGCAUCCAACUUCGAUCCUUCACAUAGAACUGCCGUGCUAAUCCAUGGCUGGUUUGACAGCGCUACCGGCAACUUCAACGCCGUUCUGCUAGCUGCUUUCUUAGCGGCAGAAGAUAUGAACGUGAUCGUGGUAGACUGGAACGCUGGUGCCAGCACUAUCAAUUAUGGCAGAGCUAUCGAAAAUACUGUCCUAUCAGGUGCUGGUGUGGCUCGCUUCAUCUCCUGGAUUAACAACGUGACUGGCGCCGAUGUGGCGAACUACCAUGUAGCUGGUUACAGCUUGGGUGGUCAACAAGCUGGUAUUGUGGGGAGAAACCUUGACGGCAAAGUUGGAUAUGUCACCGGGUUGGACCCCGCAGGUCCCGGUUGGGUUGGAUACGAACACACAUUCAAAGCAUCAGAUGCAAUCUAUACCGAAGUUAUGCAUACCAAUGUAGGAGCUUCUGGGUACCUGGAGCCCCUCGCUGAUGUGGACUUCUACCCGAAUGGUGGUGAUAAUAUGCCUGGCUGUGUGUUUAAUUCUUGCAACCAUGACAGAUGCUACCAUUACUUCGCAGAAUCUAUCCGUGAUGGAGGUUUCACAGGAGUCAAGUGUGAGAGCUACGAACACGCACUUGUAGGAGACUGCCAUCUACCGGAGACACUGAAUAUGGGAGGAAUCGAACCUAAGACUGGAAAAUCCGGCGUGUUCUACUUGGAAACAAACGCCGGAGCGCCCUUCUCAAAAGGCUAAACAACCAAAGACUAGAAAUAAAGAAAAUCUUUGUAUAAUAACAAUAAAAUAAAAAUACAAAAAUGACAAAUCUCAUUUUUAUUUACAAUAAUAAUAACACAUAACAAAGUAUGUACACAAAGAAAUUGUUAUGUAUGUAUGUAUAGAUGCAAAGGUAGAAUGCGGGCUGCGCCCCGCUUCCCCGCUCCGCUAUGAAGUUUAAAUAAAAUAAACCAGUGUGCAACUAACUAGCGAGUUUAAUUGGCGUGCGCAUCGUUCCCUUACAAGGAGAUACUCAACAGAAAUUAAAAUUAAAUAAAACAUAAAAAGUUACAACUAACAUUUUUGCACUUCCUAGAGGGCGUCACUCACGAUUUAAGUCCCAUUAGUCUUAAAAAAGCGAAACUGGUAGUUUCAUUACCAAAUACAGUUGCCUUAUACUACAACAACGCCCUCUAGCGAAAGCGAAAAUCAUCUUACAAGUUAUUUAUUUAACUUACAGCAAAUUUGAAUCGGUAGGUAAGCAUUAAAAAUCAACUCCUAAGAGUAAGACAAAAAUUAUAUACUUAAAUUAGUAAUAAAAAUGGCAGUAUCA